GGCACAAAACAGUAUAUAAGCAGGAAUCAACAAUCCCCACACACAGCAGGCAUCAACAAUCCUUUGGGACUCAAGCUCACAGAACCAGACCCAAAUAACCCAGCGAAAAACUCCUGCCCAACCAUGAACAGCAAGCUCGUAGCUGUCCUGGCUCUUGUCCUGAUCUCAGCAGCUGUGUCUCAAGGUAGGACCCUGGCAAGGAUGGGAACGGAGCUCCGGUGCCAGUGCAUAGCCACUCAUUCCAGGUUCAUUCCCCCCAAAACCAUCCAAGAUGUGAAGCUGACACAGAGCGGCCCCCACUGCAAGAACGUUGAAGUGAUAGCUACUCUGAAGGAUGGCAAAGAGGUGUGCUUGGAGCCCACUGCUCCCUGGGUGCAGCUGAUUGUAAAGGCAAUUUUGGCCAGGUAAGUCCCAUUCCCUCUCUAUCCGGGCAGUUGAGUGGCAAACCUCCCAGAAAAAGCCAGUUUGAAGGAUUCCAUAGCCAUACUUCCCAUUCUUUCUUAAUCAGAUUAAAAAAACAGGGAAGCUUCCUGCUUAAUUACAGAAUCAGUUUUAGUUUUUCUGGCUGUGCUUCAGGGUCCUUGCUCAGGCUCAUAUGUCAGUACUAAACCUCUGAGUAUCAGCAACUCUGUCUGCAGGGAAGCACAGAAGUGUUUGCCUCCCUUCGAAAAAUAAGGCUUAAAAAAAAGUCGUCCUCCCCUUACUUAGCUGCAAUUUUUGAGCUAAUGAAGUUCUUGCUGUGUGUAAGUGCAGGAUUUUGUGCUGCAGAGGUUUCCCAGCUGGACACUAAACAUGCACACGCUGGGAUUUCAGUAGCUGCUUUCAAAACAUCAAUUUUAUUCUGCCUGUGCUUCAAGAUAGCACAAAGAAUUGGAAAGAGACUCUGCAUCCUAAUUUAUUUGUGCAAUGCUAAGCAGUGGCAACUUGAACCUUCUUUAAAAUGAUCCUCUUCCCUCACCUCUUAACAGGGCUCAGCAGAAUUCUGACUCUCCUCUCUAAGAAACACUGGGAUGGAAAAAAUCUGGGAGCUGCUUCUGCUUCUCAAGUGAAAUGUUUGGAAAAAGCAUCACUCAAGCAGUGCACAUCUUCCACAUCCUGCAUCAAUGAUAUGAUGUUAAUUAUGGAUGGUUUUAUUUAUUUAUCUAUUUAUUUAACUGUGUGUAUUUAAGGAAUUCUUUCACAGUGGCCAGUGUUGUCCAUGGGACAUGCUGCCUGUGACACUGAAGGAAAAGUGGUUUGCUGAAGGAGAUGCAGAACCCUUGGCAGCCACUUGAGCCAAACAUGCAGUGAGGUGCAAUGCACCUGCAGCACAGCUUAUUUACACUAAGCCUGGUAAUUUUGCUCUUUCACCAGCAAACUGAUGAAUCCUCCUGCUCCCCUGGAGUGCACCAGUAUGUUGUGUCAACAACAGCUUCCUGAACCACAGUCAGCCUGUGGCCAGACUGUGAACUGUAAUGUCUCACUUGAAAAACCUAACCUACAGAAUGUGUAAGACUGUAUUUGGUAUUUAUGUAUUGUGAUUUCCAUGGUAUUUAUAAAUGUAUUUAUUGAGCAAUUUCUAUGUAAGAAGGAAAACAAUUAUAAUUUAUUUAAUUUCUACUGGAUUUUUCAUUCCUGCUAUUCAUUCCUGGAGAAAUAACCACAAUCUCAUAACUCUGUACUUGAUUGUAUGUGUAAUUAGCUAGUCCAUCAGCUAAUGGAAAAAACUCCAUUUUACGUACAUAGAGUUUGAUUGAGAGAAUGUAAUUAAUCCUAUAAAUGGACUAAUAAAAGUUUUAUAU